AUGGCCCAGAGGGACACGGUCAUAAGCCUUCUCCAAGUCCACAAAGCACAUGUAGACUGGAUGUGGACCCCCAUCCCGUUCUGCCAGUCCACAGGCAUUGUCCCCGAUCUCCAUGUCACAUUGAGGAGGCCCGUCAGCCCAACAACGAUCCGGCACCGCACCACAGAGGAGCUUUUUGACUUCCUCAGAGACCUUCUACUUCCCCUUGGUCGUCCAACUCUGUCUCCUUGCCAUAGAGAACAUGUCGGUUGGGUUCAUGAGUUCCUCAAAGUGUUCCUCCAUACCAACAGUAUCCCAGGAGAAGGUCUGGGUAUCUUCUCUAAGACGUGGAUUAAAGCAGGAACAGAGAUGGGACCGUUCACCGGACGUCUCAUCUCCCCUGAACACAUCGACCUCUACAAGAACAACAACCUCAUGUGGGAGGUGUUUAACGAGGACGGGACGGUUCGGUACUUCAUCGACGCCAGCCAGGAGGACCAGAGGAGCUGGAUGACGUACAUUAAGUGUGCGAGGAACGAACAGGAGCAGAACCUGGAGGUGGUUCAGAUCGGCAGCAGCAUCUUCUACAAGGCCGUGGAGACCAUCCCUCCGGACCAGGAGCUGCUCGUCUGGUACGGGAACUCUCACAACACGUUCCUGGGAAUACCGGGAAUCCCUGGAGGAGACGAGGAGCAGACCAAGAAGGCCAAGAGCGAUGAGUUCCACACCUGUGAAGGCUCCUCCUCCUCCUCCUCUUCCUCCUCCUCCUCCUCCUCUUUAUCCUCUAUAAGUGUCGGUCGCAUGCGUUGCGUCAUCUGCCACCGAGGCUUCAACUCCCGCAGCAACCUGCGCUCCCACAUGCGCAUCCACACGCUGGACAAGCCGUUCGUCUGCCGCUUCUGUAACCGCCGCUUCAGCCAGUCGUCCACGCUGAGGAACCACGUCCGCCUGCACACCGGCGAGCGCCCCUACAAGUGUCACGUCUGCCAGUCCGCGUACUCCCAGCUGGCCGGGCUGCGGGCGCACCAGAAGAGCGCCCGGCACCGGCCCACAGGAGGCGACCCUGCAGCCGCCGGCAGAGGAGUGGUGGUGGGAGGCAUGCACGCGGAUCACUCGCCUCCCACCGCCAACCCUCCACAGCUGACCAGCGUGCCACAUCCUGCAUCACUGGUCCACCACAUCCCCACCAUGGUGCUGUGA